AUGCCGAAGACCCUACUUACUGAUAAAGCAGAAUUGGAGAGAGAUCUGAAAAUUUUAGAUGAGAAGCUGUCGUCUGCUCUUUUGGAAUGUAGCGCCAAAGAUGAAUACACAGAGACGCAGGCCAAAAUCGCACAGGAAGCUAUUGCAGGUCGGGAGAAGGCAGAAACAGAAGCAGUCUCAUUCAAGCAAGAAUUAGGUAAAGCUUUACAGCAGAAAGUAGCUGGUGAAGAACGAUUAAUUCAUUUGGAUGGUGCCCUAAGAGAAUGUAUGCAGCAGCUGCGUUUUGUUCGAGAAGAGCAAGAGAAAAGGAUUCAUGAUGCUGUGAUGAAGACAUCCAGUGAAUCAGAGAAAACAAGAAUUAUGUUAGAGGAGAAAAUAACAGAGACCAGUAAAAGGCUUGUCAAAUUAGGUGCCGAGAAUACUCAGCUCAGUAAGGAUCUCUUAGGAAAGGAAAAGGUGAUUGAAGAUUUAAAUAAAGAGCGAGCUCAAGCGGAGGCAGAUUUUGUUGCUCUAACGACCAGACUAGAAUCUAAAGCUAAAGAGAAUGCUUCUUUGAAGUAUGAGGUUAGUGUGCUUGAGAAGGAGCUUGAAAUUCGGAAUGAGGAGAGAGAAUUUAAUCGUCGAACAGCUGAUGUAGCACACAAACAACACUUGGAGAGUGUGAAGAAAAUUGCAAAAUUGGAUUCAGAAUGUCAGAGGCUACGUCUUCUUGUUCGAAAGCGGUUGCCAGGUCCUGCUGCCCUGGCAAAAAUGAAGAAUGAAGUCGAGAUUUUGGGCAGGGAUCCAUCCGGAACAAGGAGGAAACAAUCAAAUCCUUCUCCAGCUAGUGCAAUGGACUUUGCUAUGGACAAUACUCCUGAAACUCCCAGUAAAAGGGUCACUUUUCUGACUGAGCAGUUAUGUGUCAUGGAAGAAGAAAACAGCACUCUCAAAGACACGCUUAACAAGAAAACAAAUGAACUCCAAUUUUUCAGAAACACAUAUGCUCGUGCAGCUUCCAAGUUAUCACUAGUUGAGGCACAGUUGGAAGAAUCAUCAAGGGGUCAGACAGCAGUGGGACCAGCAAGGAAUUUACCUUCCCUGCACCAACUUUCUUUGGCGUCAAUGUCUGAGAUGGGCGGUGAUGACAAAAUUAGCUGCGCCGAAUCAUGGGCUUCUGCUUUGAUGUCAGAGUUGGAGCAUUUCAGAAGUGGAAGGCAAAUGAGAACACCAUCUUGCAAAUCUGUUGGAACUUCAGACAUACCACUGAUGGAUGACUUUGUUGAGAUGGAAAAAUUAGCAAUCGUUUCUAUGAAUAAACCAUGUGGAAAUUCUCAUCUUGUUUCAGAGUACAGUAGUGCAGCUGAUGGUCACUUGAAAAAUCAAUCAGGUGGAUAUUUCUUGGAAGCAUCUGGUAGGGAGAUGGUUCCAGAAUCUGUCAGUCAGUCAGGCCUCUCUGUCUCUAACCAGGAAGUACAGUCUAUGACUACGGGGAUUGGUAAAUUUCCUGGUUGGCUUAAUAAGAUAUUGGAAGACAUUUUGAAGCAAAGCUACGUAACCCAGCGAACUCCUGACGAAUUACUUGAGGAUAUCAAAGUUGCUUUGGCAUGUAUAAAUCAUCGGAAUUCCAAUGAAUCAUUUGAUGUGAGUCAAAGCUCAAAUUAUCCUAAGGCCACAAAUCCCCCUGCUAAUGGCUACAUUUCUUUGAAACCUCAAGAUAAUUCUUCAAGAAAGGAUUCACCGGAUACAGUGGCUGGUGAACAUAACUCAUCACCAAAGAAGAGCAGCCAGCAAAUCCAGUCAAGUCUCAAUAAGUCAAUACUUAAAACAAUUGAGCUUAUUGAAGGGAUCAGUUUACCAUCGCCAGACAAUGGUAUUAUGGAUACCUUGACUGGGAAGGAUGAUAGUUUCCUAUCCUUUGAGAAUUCAGAAAACCCCACAGGCUACAUGGUUCGUAUGUUCCAAUGGAAAACUUCUGAACUCAGUUCUGUUCUACAUCAAUUUGUUCAAACUUGCAAGGAUCUGUUAAAUGGAAAGGCUGAUCUUGAAAGAUUUUCCACAGAGUUAACUUCUGCUUUAGAAUGGAUUAUGAACCACUGCUUUUCCCUUCAAGAUGUUUCAAACAUGAGAGAAGCAAUCAAGAAGCACUUUGAUUGGGAUGAAUCACAAAGUGAGAGUGAGGUAGAAGGUGGAAUGAGUAGUCAAGUUUCAGAAGCUGAGAAAUUGUAUGUUCCCAAAGAACAGUUGUCGUGUAUGCCCAUUGUUUCAGCUUGGAAUGUCCAUGACCAUAUCUCCCAAAUGGAAGAACUUCGGCCCAAGGUGAGAGAAGAAAGUAGAAGAUUAAAAAGUGAGUUGGAGAAUACUGAAUCUGAAAAGAAUGAUUUAGAGGGGAGACUCCAGUCAGAGACUUAUAAGAAUGAAUCCUUGAUAACUCGACUUGAGAAGUCAGAAAAAACAAUUGAAAGCUUGCGAAAAGAAUCUGAAAUUCUGAAACAGUCGAAAGGAAUGUUUGAGGAGCAGAUUGAAAAUCACAGGAUGGUGGAAGAAGAUCUUAAUACACAGCUUACAAUAGCCAAAGUUGAAUUCAACAAGGCUGGCCAAAAGCUUUCUACUAUUGAAAAUGCACUGGAGAAUAAAAAUAACACUCAUGAACAACCGGAGUCUAGGUGUCUUGAACAACAGCUCCAGUUAGAAAGUGUGAAGAUGAAAAUGCCAGGGUAUGAUAUGGAGCAAGAAGAAAAGCAACUUCGAACUGAUUGGGAGAUCAUAGCAGCUUCAGAAAAGUUGGCAGAGUGCCAAGAAACUAUACUAAACCUGGGGAAGCAGUUGAAAGCAUUGGCCACACCCGACGACACAAACCUUUUCAAUGAGGUCAUCUCUGUUCCCACUGGUGCAAUUGUCACUGCAAUCACCCCAAAGAAGAACAUCAAAGAAAGGUCCUCCCUACUAGAUAAAAUGCUGGCCGAGGAUAAUGCUGAAAGCAGAGAUCUUAGGUCUUCCAAUACAAAGGAAGUCAUUUGCACCUCAAAGCCUCCCACCCUUCUGGAUGAAUAUUCCUAUUCUGCCUUUGGUCUCGACAGCGAUAGGUUUCUCGAUUCAAAUGGGAUUAAACCUCACGACAAUGAAGCUGUAAUCAGUUCAUUGGCGAUUGUGCCUAGCAAGAAAAGAGGAGGCAGGGGAUUGUUGAAAAAGCUAUUGUGGUGGCGAAAGAAAGGUAAUGGCAAGAAAAAAACUUUCCUAUGUGCUACAUAAUUGGUACGACAAAGCAACAGUAAGAUCCACAAUUAGGAGUUCGUUUCCACUGCAACGGUUUUGAUUUGUUGCUCAUUUGGAUUGGAAAAUAAUUUGGUUUGGCUUUUGUUAGGGGUGUGUAGUUUGUGUGUGUGUGAAGAGAGAGAGAGAGAGA